AUGAUUUGGGUUGAAAGGAACCUAAGAGCCCUUCCAGUCCCAAACCCCUCUCACUGGAUCAGGGGCUCCAAGCCCCAUCCAACCUGGCCUUGAACCCCUCCAGGGAUGGGGCAGCCACCCCUGCUCUGGGAAACCUGGGCCAGGGCCUCCCCACCCUCACAGCAAAACAUUCCUCCCUAAGAUCUCAUCUCAAUCUCCCCUCUUUCAGCUGAAAAAUGUUCUCCCCUGUCCUCUCCCUGCACUCCCUGAUCCAGAGCCCCUCCCCAGCUUUCCUGGAGGUCUCCCCACAGCCUUCUCUUCUCCGGGCUGCACAACCCCAACUCUCUUAGCCUGGCCUUAUAAGAGAGGUUCUUCAGCCCUCAGAUCAUCUUCGUGGCAUCCUCCAGGCUCACUCCCACAGCUCUUGCCUUCCUCCUCAAAGCCCAUCCAGUUCCAAUUCCCCCUGCCAUGGGCAGGGACACCUCCCACUGGAUCAGGUUGCAACCUGGCCUUCAACAUCUUCAGGGAUGGGGUGUUGAUGAUCAGGGGUUCAGGGAUUGUCAGAGGGUCACUGGGUCAUCAAAGAAGGAUGUAGAGUGGUCCUGCUCUGGUGCAGUUGGGGAUGAAGUGGAGCAGAAACAUGAGAAGUGAGUCACUGAAAUAUUUACAGCACUCUCAAUUUGUCUAAAUCCAAUUUUCCCUGCCAAACCACCACGUUGCCAUCCCAGAGCCCUUGACCGUUCGUCUGUUGGGCUGAGUUCCACAGUGCAGCCAUGCUGGUGGUGAGUUCCCGUCCUCUUGGUGCUUGUCAAGGACACAGUCACUCCUCAUGGUCUGUGUCUUAUAGCUACAUUAUAUAGGCACUAAAAGGGAUUCCUUGCUGUUCCUGCAAGAAAGUGAUGCAGCAGUUUUUCAUGGGGACAGCAAGCAGCUGCUUCAGCCCCGGUGUCCCCUUCUCCCAGAAAUGUUCUUCCCUCGGCAUUUCCUACUGCACUGCCAGGGCCUGGUUUGUCUUCAUACCACCUGGAUCAGUGUCUGCACUUGAACAUGAAGGAGGUUGGGAGGGCACCGGAGGGGUGGAGGGAAGGAUCGCACGCAUGGUCCAUCCUUGCAGCACACAGGGUUUUGUGCACUGGGAGCUCAGCAUCUUGGUGACACCAGCCCUCAGAGAGGUCAGCCAUUUAGUCCCCCCAGCCAGAGGCUCUGACAUCAGUCCCAUCAGAGAAAGAAAGCUGAAGUCUGAGGCCUUUCUAGGGAGGAGAAUUUAUUUCUUCUGUACUUGUGCCACCUACAGGCCAAAAGAAAACCAUUUUUGAGCUCCAUUCACAGCUACCUGGACCAUUUCCCUGAGCAGCUGGGCACUCCAAACCUUCAUCUUCUGUUGUUUUGCUUGCUGGUUCCCAGCCCUGAGAUGUCCUGGAAGGAGCAUAUGAAUCUACCCCCAUGUUUCAUCCAGCGUCUGGACCACCUUGUGUUGACUGUGAAGAGUAUUGAGGACACUGUGACCUUUUAUUCCAAAGUCCUGGGCAUGGAGGUGGUGACUUUCAAGGGAAAUCGUAAAGCUUUACAUUUCGGCAACCAGAAGUUUAACCUGCAUGAAGCUGGGAAAGAGUUUGAACCCAAGGCUCGGCACCCAAUCCCCGGCUCUGCAGAUAUCUGCCUUAUCACACAGGUGCCCUUGGACCAGCUGCUGGACCAUCUGAUGGCCUGUGGGGUGACCAUUGAAGAAGGUCCUGUGGCCAGAACUGGUGCUGUGGGUCCAAUAACAUCCAUCUACUUCCGAGACCCUGAUGAGAAUCUGAUCGAGGUUUCCAGGUACAACGCAGAUGGAACUGCAGCCAGCGGAGGGCAGCCCUAACCACAACCCAUACUCUGUGUCCCAGCAGGAGAAAGGAUGCAGCAGCCAGGCUUUGGAUGGCCAGUGUCAGUUUCAAGCUGUUAUUUUGCAAAGGUAGUAAAAGUCUCAAAUUCCAGCCAUAAAUGAGGGCUGAAUGGACUGUGAGAGCUUCCUCAAGGCAGCCUGCUCAGGUCUCACCCCAGGAUGCGAAUCCUACUUCUAUGAAUCACCAUCAGUGGAAACUUCAUGACCUUGUUGGAAGACCUGCCCUGCUACUGCUGCACUACUCUUGUUGGGAUAUUUCUCCUAACAUCUCACACCUUUUUCUGCUGCAGUUGAAGUGCCUCAUUUCUACACUGACCUGAACACAAAGAACCUGUCAUUCCUCUCCCCUUAAUAGUUACUUCUACACAGCUGAAGAUUCUUGAUUCCCUUCUCCAUCUGCCUGCUUGGAUUGACUCAAGCAGGCAGGCACUGGUGGUUUUCACACCAAGCCAGUUGUUUAAAUCCAGCUGUGACUAUUGAAACCCUCUUCCUGCCCGGAAACUGGGCUCAGUGUCUGGCACACAAAGCACUGCUGAGGCUCUAUGCCUCGUUCUCAGCUCUGCAUGAAUCAUUAUAGGGUUCCAGGAUGGUAAAAAGCAGAGAUUAGAUGGCUGCAUGGAGGGGAGGAGAGUGUCCACAGUCAGUGAGUUCACUGAGAUUCAUGCAGGGAUGAGAGGAAAAUAAAGUGCUAAGAAGACGCUGGCAUCAGGCAGAAAAUAUUGACUUCUCCUUGAAGCCCAACCCGGUUGUCCUCCUUUCCCAACGAGGCAGCCAGUGGGCUUUGCUUUGGCCCUUGCACCAGCUAGAAGUGCCUGGCCUGCACAGCCCAACUGCUGAGGAAGGAUGCAACUUUGGAGUUGCUUCUCCUUUCCAUCCCUAUUUGUGACACAUUCCUGUGGACUGGUAAUCUCAGUCAUUCCUUUUUGGAACAGAAGCCUCUGUGCAGACUUGGCCCUCCCAUGGCAAUAUAGAAUCAUCAAAUAGUUCGGCUAGGAAGGCAUCUCAAACCCAUCCAGUCCAAACCCCUGCUGUGGGCAGGGACACCUCCCACUGGAUCAGGGGCUCCAAGCCCCAUCCAACCUGGCCUGGAACACCUCAGAUGGUUGGGGCAGCCACCACUGCUCUGGGCAUCCUGGGCCAGGGCCUCCCCACCCUCACAGUAAAACAGUUCUUCCUAAGAUCUCAUCUCAGUCUCCCCUCUUGCAGUAGAAAACCAUUCCCCCUCAUCCUCACCCUGCACUCCCUCAUCCAGAGCCCCUCCCCAGCUUUCCCCGAGCCUCUUUCAGUCCUGGAAGCUGCUCUAAGAUCUCCCCACAGCCUUCUCUUCUCCAGGCUAAAUAACCCCAACUCUCUCAGCCUGUCCUCAUAUAGAAGGUGCUCCAGCCCUCGCAUCAUCUCCAUGGGCUCCUCUGAGCUUGCUCCAACAGCUCCAUGUCCUUCCUGUGCUGAGGACUCCAGAACUGGGACAGAAUCACCUUCUUCCACUUCAGUGUGUCCAGAGGUCCAGAGCUUGGGAGACUCUCUGGACCAGAGAGAGGAAGACCACCACUCUUGCCUUCCUCUGCUCAGAAAAGGUGUCCAAAAUCAGUCCAGGAGCACUA